GUGGUCGAGUGCCUGAACGACCUUGUAACAGACCUGGAUCUGCCACAGUCGGAUGAGAAACGGCUUCGUUCUGAAGCUGCCCGGGUAUUGAAGAAGCUGAAAGCACCAGGAGGUGUGGGUUUGCGCCAAGACGCGAAGGCGUGCUUUGUGCGUAGCCAUGCAGGUCGAAUCGACAUCUCCUUUGCUUUCUGCGCCGGAGCGGGGCUUGACGCCACUCACGCGCACAAGGCAGGGUCAGAAGAAGAAGAUGAUGAAGGACAGGCAGCGGCAAUUGGCUUGCACGACAAGCGAGGCUUCAUGUUUGUUCUUCUUGCCCUCUUUGAUCGCAUGAUACUCAUGGUCAUUGUCUAG